AUGUCACCAUCGGGAGUGCGCGGCUAUUUCGAGAACAACGAGCACUUGCAAUCGUUUAGCUCAAUCGACAUUGCCACGUAUGUGAAAAAAAUUCGACGUCUGAAAAUCAGCGGUGGUUUCGCGUCGAAUAUUGAGCAUAUUGGAUCGACGUGCAAUUUAAAGCGGGCAAAUCAGUUUUUGUUUAGUUCGGUCAAUCGAAAUAAGCUUUAUGCCGAUUGGACGUCGGCUCAGUACAGAUCAGUGUUAGUCGGGAUUCCGCUCAGAAUGCCUUUAAGAUCGAUAAUGCCGGAUCCGAUUCAGUUCGUCGAUGGAAUGAAGACCGACAUUCGCUCGUUGUACAUUUCCGGUGACUAUAGCGCUUCGAAACAAUCCAAACCAUUUGUGGCCGUUUCGCUGUUCAAUAUGCGAAAUAGCUCGCAAAGAAUAUUAUUGAAGCUGGUGUUUGGCAAUAAAACGGUGGCUUUCGAGCGUCCCGCUGGGAUGUUCUCGAAUAAAGAUCUCAAAUCUGAUGGUAAAUUUACGUAUCAAAUUGAUGUAAUGAUUUCAACGGAAUAUGAGGGCUCGCAAAUGCUGACGAUUUGGGAGCACACGAGCGAUGAAAGGUCGAAAGUUUACGAGACGCUUCAAAAUCUCCAAAUGAAUUUUGUGAACACGUUCGAUUUUGCGAAAAUUGAGUCGAAUGUUGAAGUGUACAAUGUUUAUUGGCUCUCGACGCGAUAUAGUUGGAAAAAAACGUGCGGUUUUCGAGCGUUUGAGCCCGAUCAGUUGAACAAUAAAGUGCCGAGAUCAAAGUGUCGAAAGCAGGAUUAUAUGAUUUGUGAAGGCAGCCCAUCGGAAACGCCUCCAAUAGUUGCCGAUAUACUAUCGGAUAAGGGAAAUGGGACGACGAAUGAGAUGAACUCGACGGCGGCGGCGGCGACGAGCGCCGCGGGAUCAUUUGAUAGUGAUACAGGCGAUCGCGAUGUUUUCGCCGAUGUUGAUGCUGGCGGGAAUGGUGGUCCUUUUGAGCAGUCCGUUCUAGAUUUGAUUGCACAACAAAGCUUGGGAAUGAAGGAUGCGCAGACGUUUUGCCGUUACGUCGGCGCCCACACGUUGUUUCUAGAAUCGUAUGACACUUUGGAACGAUUUCAAGAGCUCGCUCGAACAGCAUGCCGAUCUUCCAAACUUGUUGAACAAUGCCCGAUGGUUUGCAAUGAGCGAGAAGUGACUACGUUUGAGGAUUUCAUGAUCACUGAUUAUGAGAGACCCCCCUCUUAUUUGAAACGACUCAAUCUUGACGGCUAUAUCGAUUUUGAGGAGGAUUUCGACAUCGAUGACGCGAUUGUGUUCAACGUCUAUCCGAAACCGUGA